AUGGAGGCACCAGCUGCUGUAGAGGACAUUGUGGCAGACAUUCCUGUGGACACAGGCAUAGAGGCUGCUGAGGAUGAGCAUGAGGGAUUUCCAGAUGGUCCGAGUGACCCAUCCGUGUUGACCCAGUAUGUGGAUCAUGUUGCUUGCAGCGUAUGGACGGAAGAGGAGCGUCCUGAAUUGAAGCUAUCCUCUCAUGGGAGGAAGGUCCACAGUUUAGGCAGGCCUGUCCCUACCAUUGAGGGACUUGUUGCUGGUACAAGACUAAGUCCUAUAAUCGCGUGUUCGGUAGACACCGACGAUCGGGGACUUUUGUCCGCGUUUGUCGAGCGGUGGCACCGGGAGACGUCUAGUUUCCAUCUCCCGGUGGGAGAGCUCACCAUCAUGCUGGACGACGUCUCCUCGCUUCUUCAUCUUCCCGUGAUUGGUGACUUACGCGCUUUUGAGCCCUUGCACGUGGACGAUGCGGUUCAGAUGCUGGUGAACUUAUUGAUGGUCUCCGCAGAGUCUGCUAGGGCUGAGACAGCCCAGUGUCGUGGACCGUACAUACGCCUGCAAUAG